UGCGACGCUCUUUUUUCUCCUCUAUUUUCCGCGCUCCGUGGAUGGUGUUUUUAUAUCUCUGGGGCCCUGGAGAUUUUCCUUUCCCACCAUUUUUCGUGCUGUGGUGGAAGCUAUAAUUGAGGCUUGAAGAAGCAGCAACUCGCCGUAAUCGUUGCCGUUUCUUUUGAAUAUAUAUACACCGUUUUUUGAUUUGUUGCAGUGCGGUUGUUUGCUGUGUUUGUUUUCUCUCUAAUGGCGCAAGAGCUUGACGAUGGAGAGUUCUGGCUGCCGUCGGAUUUUCUGACGGAUGACGACUUGUUGAUGGACUUCAAACCUGUUCAUUUGAGAGCGAAGAGAGGCGACGACUCAUCGCAGGGGGUUGCGAACUAUUGCUACUUCAACUCGGAUCUGAGCUCGCCGGUUGAGUCCGUUAAUGGCUCCACGGAAACGGAGAGCGACGAAGAUGAGUACAUCACUGCGUUAUCUCGGAAAAUGGCUAACUCGACUCUGCAGGAUUUCAAUUUCUCGUACUACACUGUGAAGAAUCAGAAGCUCUCCACCUCGCCGCAGUCGACUCUGUACGGUUACAAGCAGGCUUCGAGCGGGGGAAGUCCUGAGAGCGUUUCUAGGGUUUCGUCGCCGCCGGCGGCGGCGGCGGCCAAGGACGCCGGUUGGGAGAUACUUUGCGCCGCCGCGGGGGAGGUUUCGAGGAUGCAACUGAUUGAAGAUAAUACGACGCCGUUUCACUCAACGAGGCGUUUCGCAUCUCCCCCAAAUCCAAACCCAAGCACCAUUCUCGCCGGAAAACUCAACGCUAACGCCGCCGUUUACCUGAAUCAAACUCACGCCCAAGCUCAACACCUCGCUUACCUUCAAUUGCAAGCAUCUCAAUUUCAGCGGAUGGAGCAGCAAAUGAUGAACGGAGCGGUUUGGGGACAGAGCAAAAUCGAUUCACAGUUUCUGAGCGGGCGGACUGUAGCUUCUCAAAGAUCUCAAGCUUUAUCCAUGGCCGCUUGGCCUACUCUGCAACAAUCUCGACAGCAGCAGCUGCAUCAAUCCGGUUCAGGGAUGAGAGCAUAUUUCCUAGGCGGAGCUGGCGGGGCGAAGAAGGAACGAACAGGAACUGGUGUGUUCUUACCAAGAAGGUUUACGAACGGAUCCAAUGCUCCAGAGCCCCGCAAGAAACCAGGAUGUUCGACGACAGCCUUGCUCCCCGACAGAGUGGUCCAAGCCCUGAAUUUAAACAUCGAAUCGAUUGAGAAACCCCAAUCUCACAUUAGAACCACCUUCGGAAAUCUCCCAUCUGAUUACGCAAGUGUUUCUCAGAAGAUCAAUCAAGUGAAGACAGCAGCAGCCAUGGCUGAACAAAGAAGCUUCAUACCGCCGCAGAGAGUGAUGCACCAAGAAUUCAGGCUUCCUCAGGAAUGGACCUACUGACCCGAUCCGAAUGAAAACAACCCGGUUCUAAAAUUAAGAUAUUAUUAUUAUUACAGCAAGAUUAGUUCUAGAAAAAGCAUAAUUUGGAAGUGGUGAAGUUUUAUUUACAGAAAAGGGGCGAUAGCAUUUAUUCAGUAGUAUUCAGUGAUAUUUUGUUAACAGUGGUGAUUAGUGGUAGCAAUAGAAGGCAGUUAGCAGUAGCAAAAUUUAGCCAUGGAAGGUAAAUAAAAAUGGUGGCCUGGGCUGGAUUCUUCUUCUUCUUCUUCUUCAAGAAAAUCUUUCAUGGAAGGGGAAUGAUUUCAUUUGGCUGCAGGAACAAGAAAGUGUAAGCAGGUUUGACAGGCAGUGAUUAUUAUUAUUAUUAUUAAGAUUAUGAUUAAAUAAAUGUGGGUUUUUGUUAUUUUGUUUAGAAAUGGAUUAUUACGUGAUAUUUUGUUUAAAUAUUUGGGAGAAUUAGCUGUUUUGGGGUGUGGUUUUGGUUGUAACCCCAGUGGGCUAUUUCUUCUUUUCUGGUUAUUAGUGAAUGUCGGCUUGGGUUUGUUUUUAGGAAAUAAUAUUUAAAAAAUAAAUAUAUAUAUUUUAAUUUGUGAUA